AUGAGAAAACUCUGUCCAAAUUUCGACCAAGAAGAUGGCCUCGAGACUGUUCUCGAGGUGCCAAUCCCCGAGGAAAUGUUCACGAGCAUGGGCAGCAAUGUCGCCCUCCGUUGGCAAAACAUGGCAACUUGGAUGAAGGCUCAAACCCCAGAAAAAUGGUCAUCACCAAUUAUUGCAGGGCGUUAUAAUGAGCUAAGUUUCCUCCUACACAUUGUUGGAUCUCCUCUCAUUCCUCUUCAGGUGCAGUUGGACCAUUCCAUCCACCGCCCUAUAAAACACUCUUCCAUUGAAGCUUCAACGGCUAAAUAUAUUGUACAACAAUACAUAGCGGCCACAGGAGGACAGGCAGCAUUAAACUCGGUACACAGCAUGUGUGCAAUUGGGCAAGUCAAAAUUAGUGCUUCGGAUUUUCACCAGGGCGAUGAGAGCGUGAAGGUGAGGAGUACUGAGGAGGCCGGUGGCUUUGUGCUGUGGCAAAAAAACCCGGACUUGUGGUGCUUGGAGCUUCUUAUAUCCGGGUGCAAGGUGAUCUCAGGAAGCAAUGGCAAGAUUUCAUGGAGGCAAUCCUCCAAUCUACAAAUACCCAUCGCAGAGGGUCCUCCCAGACCCCUACGACGAUUUUUACAGGGUUUGGACCCUCGAUCAACAGCCAACUUGUUCAUAGACGCAGUAUGCAUAGGAGAGAAGAUCAUAAAAGAUGAGGACUGUUUCAUACUAAAGCUUGACACAAGCCAAUCAGCUCUGGAGGUACAAAGUGGCUCAAGAUAUGAAAUCAUCCACCACACUAUAUGGGGAUAUUUCAGCCAAAGGUCUGGCCUCCUGGUUAAGUUCGAGGACUCGAGGCUACUAACUGUAAAAAGUAUACAUGGGGAUGAUGAUGGUGGUGAAGGGGUCUUCUGGGAGACGAGCACAGAAUCGGUGAUCGAUGAGUAUAAGUACGUUGAUGGUGUUAAUAUUGCUCAUAGUGGCAAAACUUUUGUGACAGUGUAUAGAUAUGGGGAGCAAUCUACAAAUCACAAGAGGGAGCUGGAAGAAACUUGGAAGAUUGAAGAGGUGGAUUUUAAUGUAUGGGGUUUGUCUUCUGAGUUUUUUAUGCCUCCUUCAGACCUCAAAAGAGAGUAUUAUACUUGA